CCGAAACUGAACGCUAAAUAACCGAUACUAGCGCCAAAUACAACAUCAUAGCAUGACGAUAGCAUCUUUAUAGAUACGUACACAUUAUUUAAAGAACCUCGUAGUGCCAGGUUAUAUUUAUGAAUGUUAAAGUAUUUUCUGACACCAGUACUGUACUAAAGUACCGUCAUUUUGUGUCUGUAAUAAAUAAAACGUAUGAAAUUUAUGCUAAUGUCCCAAGCUUGCGUUGUUGGAGUUGUAUAGUGGUACAUACAUUGUUGUAUUGGGGUACGGCAGCGAAUUGUUUACUUAUUUUGUGUUUUCCAACAAAUGGGCAGACAAAAUCUUAAAGGGUUCAUCGGAUGAAAAUCCAAAUUUGUCUAUGUUUAAGUGCUAUAAUCGGGUGCCCGGUGCAUCUAGCAACCCAGAAAACGUGAAAAACAAGAUCCCAGUAAAUUUGUUUUGAUGAGCCAUUCCCUGCAAGCAUGUGAGAAAUCGAGCCGUUCAGAUUUCCCCCUUGUAGUGACGUAGAGGGAGGCUCUUAUUAUAAUGUUACCGCCCCUUAAUCUACGCAAUUCCACCCACGUGCUAUUGUAGAAUUACAAGCGACAGCCGUGUACCUGACGCCAUGGCUAAAGUUCGUGGACAACAUGCGAAUUGCAAUGUACUGGGCUGCACAGACGAACACAAGUCUUUGUUUAGAGUCCCAACCUCGGAAAAGACGAGACAGGAGUGGAUUUAUUUUAUUUUUGGCGGAAAUCCCCCAGAACGCCUAAGUAAAAACCUCCACGUGUGCGCGAAUCACUUCAAGCCGGAAUGCUUUGUGAACCUGGGGCAGUACAAAGCAAGAUUAGCUUCGAAGUUGUUGCUCAACGUGGGAGCAAGACCAACUGAACGAGGCAACGCUGCAGAUGGAAAAAAUGCAAGCACAUCUGAAGAAUUGACCAAGGUGCAUCAUGUGGCCUGUCAGACAGACACGCCAAAAUUGCGCACAGUUGCCACCCAGCUGUCAGUAAAAACUUUAGGACCUCACUACCAAAGCAAAGGCACACAGACAACUCUGUUACGCCCUGACGUUGGUGUUGACACCUUUCAACCACUCCUGUCAUUAACACCAAUAAAGAGGCCUAGUAAGAGACCUCGCUUAGAGAUGGAGGAUGAAAAGGAGGACCCUAUGGGACGCAGCUCAAGCAUUAACAUUGAAGAGCCAAUGGAUUCUACGUAUGAUCCUGUAGACUCUGACGCAACUUUGACGGAGCCAUCCGAUAUAACAAUGGAAUCCUCUAAGCCGGCUCAUAAGACUGCUACAUACAUCGUGUAUGAAAACUGUCUGCUGGAGCUCUUUGAGAAGUGCCCGAUAUGUCAUAGGGUUUCAGAUGUGCGGACAAGAAGGGUUGGCACAUUUCUCUCUGUGGAACAGCAGUGCCCACACUGCGAGUUCUUUAGAAAAUGGAAUAGUCAGCCUGUUCUUGGAAGCACUCCUGUAGGGAACCUCCAGCUUUCUGUUGCACUGUAUGCCAAUGGUGCCUCUUUCUUCAAACUUGAAAAGAUAUUCCGGGCAAUGCAACUGAAAAUGUACCACUAUGACACCUUUCGAAGACAUGCCAGGAUGUACAUAGAGCCCGCAAUCGUACAUAGUUGGAAGACCGCACAGGAUGCCAUGUUGCAACAGCUCAGUCAACAGCAGAAUGUCAUCCUGGGAGGUGAUAUGAGAGCUGACUCGCCAGGUCAUUGUGCCAAAUUUGGUAGUUACACGGUCAUGGACCUAAGGACCAGCUCUAUUAUUGAUCUGCAGCUAGUUCAGAGUAAUGAAGUCGGAGGGAGCAAUAAUAUGGAGAAAGAGGGACUGAAGAGAAGCCUCGAGCUCUUGAGGACACGCAGCGUGACAUGCGAUAGUAUAGUCACAGACCGCCAUCCUCAAGUACAGACAUUUCUGCAGGAGGCCAACAUCACACACUAUUACGAUGUCUGGCACAUAGAAAAAGAUUUUAUUGUAUUGUUAGGAAUAUCCAAGAAAAUUUUGAAGAUCGCUCGGCGUAAGGAAUGCGAGAACCUGCAGAAGUGGCAACGGAGUAUAAAAAACCACAUUUAUUGGACUGCAGCCUCUUCUUCAUCAGGGCACGAGAGAGUGGCAAAGUGGACUUCCAUUCUCAAUCAUGUACAGGACAUACACACACAUGAAGAUCCGGGUUUUCCACGGUGUUUGCAUCGGCAACACACAUCUAGGGACAAGAGCAAGUGGUUGAGAGCUGCAACAUCUUCCUUAUGUAGACUAGAGAAUGUGCUUACCAACAAGAGGAUUCUAAAGGAUGUUGAGAAGCUGAGCCCUCACCCUCAGACCUCAGCGUUGGAGGCAUUUCACGGUGUAAUUCUGCGUUUCGCGCCCAAGAAUGUAGUGUUUCCGUUUCUUGGAAUGCUGUGCAGACUCUAUCUGGCAGCGCUGCAUUUUAAUGAAAAUGCUCGUCGGCCCCAAGCCACCACCGCAGCUGGCAAACCACUGUUCAAAGUCUCUUUUCCGAAAUACAGGAAAGGAGAAUGUACUGUGAAGCCGGUCAAAGUAAACCCAACCUACCAUUAUGUGGACGACCUGAUGGACCUUGUCUUUGACAAAGUUGCGCAGGACCCGACCCCAUAUGUGGAAGAGGUGUUGAAGAUCCCCAUACCCGAGGAUCUCACUGCCCAGUUUCAGAAACCAGACAAGCUGGAAGUAAUAGACCGAUAUGUGUCCAGGUUCAACCAAGGGCCGGUCUGAAGCCCACAUAUCGACCACGAGCAUCAGGGAACUCUCUCUUUAUUCGUAAAGCCACCCUGAUGCGCCGGCCCAGAAAACCCCAACACCAGCUGACCAAGCUUCUGUACGCCAAUGUACCGGCUGAAACAAGAAAUAAAUCUAUAUUUUGAAAAAUAAUAUAA